AUGGCCGCCCGACUCACUCGUUCUGCAUCAAAAGCCGCACAGACGGCGACCAAAGCUGUUCCCGCUUCUCCCGUCGCCUCGAAGCGUCCUCGCCCCACUUCAUCAGCCGAGGCCGCCACAGAGCCUCCCACGACGCCCAAGCGGUCCAGGACAGCCGCAAAGGGCAAGGCGAAGGAACCCAAAACGCCCUACGUUCCGCCGACGCCCAAUACCCAGAAGGUGCUCGAGAAGGAGGCACACGAGGCGGAGGAGGUUGGCGAGAAGGAGGGGGCCGUCUUGCUGCACCCCAAGCCGACGUUCGACUUCGAAGACGCCCGCAAACACCUCACGAGCGUCGAUGCACGGUGGGGGAAGGUCAUGGCGAGCUUGCAGUGCAAGCCGUUCGAGGGCGAACAGACGGAUCCUUUCAAUCCUUUCCGGUCGCUCGUCUCGUCCAUCCUCGGCCAGCAGGUCUCCUGGCUUGCUGCACGGUCUAUCCAGCACAAGUUCUGUCGCCUCUUCUUCCCGCACCUCCCGGAGAAGGCGCCUCCUCCCGGUACCCCUGGCAUCACUCCUUUCCCAACGCCGCACCAAGUCGUCGACCUGCCCGACCGUACCGCCACCCUCCGCUCCGCCGGUCUCUCCGGCCGCAAGGUCGAAUACAUCGUCGAGCUCGCCGAACGGUUCGUCGAUGGCCGCCUCGACGCGAAGUCUCUCUGGAGCAUGAACGACGACCAACUGAUGAAGACGCUCGUCGAGUGCCGCGGAAUCGGCGUCUGGACAGUACACAUGUUCCUCAUUUUCUCGGCGAAACGAGGCGACGUCUUGCCCGUCGGCGACCUCGGGAUCCAGAAGAACCUCUGCAAGUGGUACUCGCACGACCCGUCCAUCGCGCCCUCGAUUCACCCGCGCAAGCUCGCUCCUCCUUCUCCAACCAAGCUUGGCUCGACGUCUGCCGUAACGCCAAAGGGGAAGAAGAAGGCUGAGGGGGAGUAUGCUAGCGCGGCAUUGCCUGAGGGUGACAACGAGGGAGAGGGGCACGGGCUGGGCAAACUCGCAGCGCUUGGCGGUGCCGAGGUGGAGCAGGAGCAGGUGAUAGACCUUGACGAGCCGGUGAAGGCAAAGGAGGAGGCGGAAGUUGACGGCGGCGAGUUUGUCUUCCCCGAGACGAGCAACAACUUGACGCCGGCAGUCCUGCGGAGUCGCCUGAACGGCAAGAAGCUUAAAGGAAACAUCUACUUGACGCCGCAAGAGAUGGAGGAGCUGACAGCCGCAUGGGCGCCCUACCGCUCCGUAGCGUGCUGGUAUCUCUGGUCUCUCUCAGACGGAACAGGCGACCCGUAA